AUGGCCAGUGAAUCCAAGCCGCCUUUCCCGCCUUUCACGAAGGAGACCGCCACCCAAAAGGUCAAGGCCGCCCAAGAUGCUUGGAAUACAAGAAACCCAGCUGCUGUGAAGCUAGCAUAUACGCCUGACUCCAUCUGGCGCAACCGCGAUCAGUUCUUUCAGGGCCGAGACGCGAUCGAGAAGUUUUUAACUGAGAAGUGGAGUGUGGAGAACGGUUAUCGGCUGAGAAAGGAGCUGUUUGCUUUCACUGACAACAAGAUUGCUGUUCAGUUCUGGUAUGAGUGGCAUGACACAUCUGGCCAGUGGUGGAGGUCAUACGGUCUCGAGGACUGGACCUUCGCGGACAACGGCCUGAUGAGGAAGAGACAGAACAGCACGAAUGAUGUCAAGAUCAGUGAGGAGGAGAGAUGGUACAAGGAUGGCGUGGAUGUGAACACUGUGGACAUCAGUGAGAAGCACUGGUGA